GAUAAAAUAUUUCCUGUCCCAAGCCGCUUACAGCAGAGUAGGAGAGAGGCAUAUAAACAUAUAACUAUAAUCGGUGGUGGCAUGGUAAAGGUACGUACAAGGGAUUGUGGUGGAUGGAAGGGGAUGAUUAAACCUACUUGUUGGAGGAGAUGUCAGGGAAGCUUCACUGAUGGGGCAAAGUUUGAGCUGGAUCCAAAAGGAUUAAAAAAUCAGUCGGUAGACCAUGGGCAUUCUGGCCAGGGAGAGCAGCAUGAUGAUCUGAAAGAAAAUGAUGCACUCUGGGACUUUAAACCGUCUUGUGGCAGGAGUGUCUGGGCACUGUGGAAGUGAUGGGCUGUCACUGGAAAGCUUUAAGUGUUGGAAUGACACUCGUGGACUCGUGGUUUUGAAAAAUUCUGAUUGACAGCACAGAGGCUGGAGUGGAGGUGGUUAAGUCUAAAUUUGGGAGAUAGAACAGUGGAAAUGGGCACGAAUCUGGUACUUGUGUCACUGAGUGGAUCCUAAUUUCCUUCAGCCUGAAGGGGGGAGUGAGGAUGGUCCCUAUUGCCUAACUCCAGAUCCGAAUGCCAAACCCUCCCUCAUCAGUGCGUUCCUUGGUCAGGGGUCACGGUGUCUACAUUUUGUCCAGAGCUUGGAGACAGGGAUCUACUUCUGGCCAGGCCAAGGGAUCUAGAACCCAAUGGGCAGAAGUAAUGAGAUUUUCUCUAUUUCUACUAGAAAAAAAAAACUCAUUUCCUAGUCAUGUGUCAUCAGUAGCAUCCUCCCACUUUCUUAAAGACAAUCAACAAGUAGUGACAAGCUGGAGGAAGCUAUGUGAUUACUGUAUAGGAAAAAAUGAGAGGCAUAAGGAAAUAGUCCACCACCUCGAGGUAGAAAUCACCCACUCGUUACAAGAUCAUCCGCCGUGAAGUCAGAAUGUUUCACCACACCUCCUGCAAGGGGACUGAGGGCCUGAAAUAACCCACGGGCCAAAGGACAUUCCAGCAGAAGAGAAACGAUAGUGAUUGCAGCGACCGCCGACAGCCUCAAGAGUAAGCCUGCCAGGGUGAGCGAGGGUGACGAUGUGUGAUUCAGCUUUUUUGCUUGUUUGUAGGUUUUUGUGGCUGCCUCCUGUCGGGCUUCAGAGGUAGCUGUGGGUGAUGAACGCCAUGGAGAGGAAGUGCUCCCACAGCUAGAGGAAGUGGCAGCUGCAGGGCGGUCUACGUGCGCCCCGGAGAAUGCAGGUCUGCGCGCCGGGAGGCGGCUCUGCCGAGGCUGCACUGCUUCUGGGCCACUCCUGCUGUGCUGACAAAUCAGGGUUUCCUGAGGAAGAGAAUCAUCUUUUUUUUUUUUUUUGGUAAACAAACCAAGCCCAGAAGCUGAUAGUUCCGGACAUCGUACGCUGACAGCUCUUUGGAAGGAAUUUCCUCUUGGAAUCUACCCUUUGGCUUAGUUUUCAAAACAGAGGUUCAUCUCACCCAAGAAAGAAUGGCUUGUGUGAAGAUGAGGUGGAUUUAUGUUUCCCUGGUGGUCCUGGGAGUCCUUUGUCUGUAUCUUAGCCCGUACACUCUGAAUCCUUUUGAAGAAGAUUCAUUUGUUUUCAAGAAAGAAAGUGGGAACUUCCUUCAGCUCCCAGAUACAGACUGCAGGCAGGAUCCCCCCUUCCUUGUCCUGCUGGUGACUUCGUCCCCCGAACAGGCAUAUGCUCGCAUGAUCAUCCGGGACACAUGGGGAAGAGAACAGACCGUGAUGGGAAAACAAAUAAAAACAUUCUUCCUCUUGGGAACCACGCCCGAUAAGGACAUCUCGAAAAAAGUGGCCCAGGAGAUCCAGCAGCACCGCGAUGUUGUCCAGAAGGACUUCUUGGACGUUUAUUUCAAUCUGACUCUGAAGACCAUGAUGGGCUUAGAGUGGGUCCAUCGCCUCUGUCCCCAGGCCGCUUUCGUGAUGAAAACAGACACCGACAUGUUUAUUAACGUCUACUAUCUGACCGAGCUGCUUCUCAAGAGAAACAGGACAAGUCGGUUUUUCACUGGCUACUUAAAACUGAACGAAUUUCCCAUUAGGAGUAGGUACAGUAAGUGGUUUGUGAGUAAACAGGAAUAUCCGUGGGACAAGUACCCACCCUUUUGCUCCGGCACCGGCUACGUCUUCUCCAGCGACGUGGCGAGUCAGGUGUACAAUGUGGCUGAGAGCGUCCCGUUCAUUAAGCUCGAAGAUGUCUUUGUGGGGCUCUGCCUGGAAAAACUGAAAAUCAAACUGGAGGAACUUCAUUCUGAGCAGACUUUCUUCCCCAAUGGGUUACCCUUCACCACGUGCCGUUAUAAGAGGAUCGUGGCCUGUCAUCAUAUCAAGCCUCAAGAUAUCCUGAAGUAUUGGCAGGCUCUGGAAAGUUCCUGGGAAGAAGAAUGUCCACAUAGCUGAGGGGAGCCCCAGGCACAUAUGGACACACUUCGGACAACUCCUGGUGAUGGUUUUUGAAAGAUCUUGGGUGGUGUUGCUAAGACUCCUCAGGGGGCAGGGAGGGAGUGAGGAAGGAGGAGGCAGAAGAAGAGGGGGCCGGAGCGGAAGCCUGAACCACACGGCUGAGGAACCCCCACUUGGCGCCCUGAGCGAUAACAGACAGCACCUCUUGAGUACCUACCUGUUGCACUGUGUCUGGUGGACACCUGCGUGGUUUCCUUUCAGGGGUCAGCAUCCUCCAGAGGUGGCAGGUGGUACCAUCCCCAUAUUACCCAGAAGGAAACAGCAGCUUCGAGAGGAACCGGAACCUGUGCCAAGGCGUAGGACCGACAGACACUGGAGCAGGGACGAGAAUCCAGUGCUGUCAGCAUCCAGGCAGCAGCCGCCAACUCAGCCCUCUCUGCCCCGGUGCUGCCUCCCUGGGAGAGGAUGGUGGUGAGGAAGGCUGAGGGCAGCCUAGUUGCUGGCAUCCAUCAGGCCCUUUCUAGGGUCCCCUCCGCCUCAACUCCCAUCCCUGUGCUUUUAGUAUGGACACUGGGGUGGACAGAUGCACCGCCAACUGCCUUCAUUCACUUCGAUGGGUCCAGUUAACCUGAGAGCCUGUUGGCAGCCUGGCACUCCACUCCUUGCAAAGCGCAUCCUGGAAGAUACCCCUACAGUGGCUGCAGCUCAUCCCCGAAGAAACACCCAGCUCUAGACAGAAAUCAGUUUUUAUAGUUUUGGCUCAGAAAUUACUAUGAGGCUUGGCCCAUGGUACAGACUUCUUGGUCCCUCUGCUGAGACCCCAAGAGUGUGGCAUCUCCCCCCAGCCAUCUUGGCAGCCCCGCCUGUUUGCCUGUUCACUCCACAUGCCCUUGGUCUGCACUCCAGGUCUCCAAGUGUGGACUGAGGGGCAGUUGUCACCAUAUGUGAAGGAUUCUGGGAGCUUUUUUGGGAAUUCAGGUGGAUUCAAAUCAAGAUACGCUCAAGAACCCCCUGGGACACUGAAAACUGAAUGAGGUCUGGUCCCGGAGGGAGUCUCCCUGUGUCCAUACCCCAAACCUCAUCCCAGCUCAGCUUCUUUGAAUUUCUCAGAUGGCCAGGAAACAGCUGAGUUUUGUGGUGUGGAGUUUACCCUUUGAUACUCGUCUCCAGAGGUUUGUACUAGCUUGUUCUACAGGGUGGUGUAGAAAGGAGGCACCUCUGCCCGUCAGCCACUGUCAUGUGAUGUGCAAAGCCAUCUUGCUCCCGGUCAUUGGAUGACCGGUUCUUACUUUUCACUUUACAGGACUGGACUUUACCAGCACUCCAAGCCAGGACCUCAUGUGGCUUGUAAGUGCUGGACGAAGCCCUUACCCAAACUCAGGAAGAGAUGUUUGCUGCAAAAUGUUCAUGGCGAUGUUGAACUGCAAAACGAGGUCUGGCACCCUAGUUUGCAGGGUAUUUCUUGAGUCUGGAUGGAGCUGCUUCUUGGGAGAUGUGUUUCCUUAUCCUGGCUGCUGUGAACAUGCUCGGGUCAUGUUCAGAAAAGCCACCUUCUCAGGUGGGAAAAUCAGGGUGUAAGUUUCUCUUUUGAAGCCAGAUAUUGCCAGUGCCACACCCCUCGUAGGACUGGCUGCCUCGGAUUUUGGAGACAAUGAUGGGUCUUGAGAGUGAAAGGUUUGUCUGGCAGUAGGGCUGGGUCGUGCGUUUAUGUCCACCUUGUCUGGUAUGCUUGUCCAUGUGGCCACUGGGAUGGGUAGUUGAGAUGUGGCUAGCUCAGGGUCUGUCUUUUCAGCAUCCGUCCAAACCCCACAGCCAUAGGGAGCCCUGAGCACAGGCUCAGUUUCCCCCACAACCUCUAUAUGUUCUUAAAGGGUUUUCUGCAAAACACGUUUUUUCCCCUUCUAGUCUCUUUAUGUAAUGAAGAUUUUUUUUUUUCCCUUUAGGGAAAAAUUACCUUGUGACUACAGAACUUGAAGGGGUCUUUGAGCUCCUGCCAUCCUGCCUUUACAUAGGGUGAAAAAAAAGCUCAAAGAGACCCAGAGACUUGCCCAGGACCUCACUACUUAUUUGUCAUGGACUGCAGGUUCCAGAGGGAGUCGUCUUCCAGGACACAGUCUUGCCUGUGUGUGGGAGCAAGAAACUGGGGAGGCGUGAAUUAGGAGGCAAAGCUUUUCCGGUAACACCCAACGUGAGUUUCGGAGUGGGAGAGGAGAGGAGUUGGCUGGUGGCGCAGUGGCUUGUCUCAUAGGCCUCCAGGGAGGAGUGCUGCUGAGAGACGGUGCUGUUGGCCAGGCCCUGAGAUAGGGCUUUCCCAGCGUUACCUCCUUCAGUACUCACGACGGCUCCACCGGGGAGGUGACGACCACUUUCCCUGCUUUACAGGCGAGGAACCCGAGGUAGAGGAAGCGAGCAAGAACGGCUUGCCCAACGUUAUGUAGCUGAAAAGUAGCAGGAAUAGGAUGUGAAGACAAGCUGGGGGGCACCGUGUGCGGUGGGCGCACGCAGGGCUGCGGCCCCUGGCCCUGAGCUGGCUCGAGGGGCGCAGGGAGCGUCCACAGGGAUGCAAGCGCCCACUGCCUUGGCACGUAGGCUGCACAUCUGGCCCUUCCUCAGUCUCCCACCGCCACGCUUGCCCACCCUCCAGCAUCUGAACCUCCCCCUCCUGUAGGAAGGGACCACUGGGGCUCCUAUGGCACCAGCCCCUCCGCUUUGGGGCUUCGUCCCCAGCUCAUCUUACCUCUGCGAGAGCAAGACUCCUGCCCGGGCCUCGCUCUCGCCCUCGCCGUCCAUCUCCCCUCGGCUGGACACCCCGCGUGCGCAUAGGCGGGCCGUCGCUUUCCACCUUCCAAACCGUCUUAAGAAUCCUUUCCCGCACUGCCCUGCUUCUGCUCCCUUUGCUUUGUUUGCCCCACAAGAGGAUUUUCCAUAUUUGUCGGCCCAAAUUUGUCUCCUGGUCUGUCUGCAACCCCCCCUCAUCAGUUUCUGGUGCUUGAGUCCCCCAGACGGGUCUCACUGAGGGCACUGAGGACCCGCGACGCCCCGCCCCCAUCUUAGCGCUCUGGUCCCCGGUUCCAGGACACCUGGUGCUCUUGGUCCUUCCACUUGCAGGCCGCUCCUUUGCUUGUUCCACCGCCUCGCUCUGCAUCCAAGAACGGGGCGCCCAGCGCUUGGCCUUGACCGCCUGCUUCCCUGGUUUACUCUGGUGGUCUCAUCCAGCCCCAAGGUUUAAAAUACCCUCUGCCCUGCUGAUGGUGCCCGGCUAUCUCCAGCCCAGGGCUCUCUCUUUCUCUUCAAUCUCGUGUACUCCACAGCCUGCCUGACACCACGCAGUGAGCAAACUCAAACCUGAACUUGGGCUGACCCUCCCCCCGACUCUUCCUGGGACACCCCAGGCAUGCUCUGCCCGCCUCAGGGCCUUUGCAUGGACUGUUCCCUCUGCUAGGGUCGCCCUAUUUCUCAGUCUCAUGGCCCACUCCUUUGCCUCUUCAAGUCUUUGGUCAGCUCUCUCCUUCUUGAUGAGACCAACCCUGAUCACCUUCUGUGGAAUCGCAUCGCCCAACCCUGUGUCCUCUUGCCCUGUGAUCAUUGCACUCAUCACUUUCCAACAGAGUAUACAAUGUCUAUUUAUUGUAAUGUGUCUGUUUCAUUGACUGUUUAUAGUUCAUCUCACUUGAACAAAAGCUUGUGCAGGAAUGGGGCUCUAUUGUCUUCUUGAUUUACUCAAAUUCUUAGCACAGUUCCUGGCACACGAUAGAUGCUCAGUAAAGAUCUGUUGAAUGCAACUGAAGUGACCUCUAUGGAAGGUGGUUUUAGAGGGGAAGAGGUGAACUGUGGCAGAAAGGGGAAGGAUAUUUAAAACGCAGCCAACACUGUGGUUACAACAUACACUUCCUCUACAAAUCAGUAAGUGGGAUCCUGAAAUCCCCCUUCUGCUGAAAACUGGGACCUGAAACCCUAGCACUGCUGUAUGGCAGGGCUUCUUGACCCACUCCCCCUUUUUCUAGAAUGGAAAACCUCACGCACUGAGAAAUGGAUAGACCCCUAUAAUGUGCCUGUCCUCCAACCCCCACACGGCUGACCUCCUCCCACCCACCACGUCCGUCUGUUUUCAUGAUUCUUGACACCUGCCUCUUUUCCUCAACCAUAUCCAGCUUUUAGUCCCAGGAGAAUGACAGCAAUAAACCAUGUUGUCCAGAAGUAGAUCAGGAUCAUGAGAAUGACUUCAGUCCAGUUGUCUUCUGGGUAGAAGUAACUCCAUACGUAUGCAUCCUUGGGACGUGAAAAACCACGCCAUGCCAAUAUUCGAGGUUAUUUUUUAAAACUGGAGCUACGGAGCAAUGCCAGCUUUCUUGAGCUGUGCAAGUGAAUUCUGGACUUGGGGGCCACUGCUUGGUGUCCCGGGAUCUGGGCAGCCUGAGUGUCAGGAGUGUGGAUGGUCCAUGGUUACCCAGGAAGGGUGUCACCUUAUGGGUCUAUUUUGACCUCACUGAAGGGAUUUAGCAGCUGAAAGCUGGGCCCUGGUUUAGGAGGCAAUUUCCCUGAUAAACAAGCCUUCAAGGACUAUGUUUAAUAAUAGAAAAGUAAAGUUUAGUUGAACAUGUCCUUGUUGACCUAAGAAACUGUAUAUACAGUGGCAUGGAAUAAACUGCUUGAAUGUGGCAGCAAAUUGCCCAACAUUUUAACUUUACAAACUGCAGUCCUUGCCUUUUGUUUAAUAACUGGACAGUGUUACCCUGCCGUCCAGUCUCAAAGACACCUAAGGGGAGUCACAUCAGUCGUUUGGGUGGAGACCCUAGUGUCACAGCGCCUCUUUGGAGGUUGCAUUUUGCACACAGGUCUGAUGGAAUUAUCCUAAAACUCCGGCCCCUUUCCUGCAAGCCCAGUCAUUGAACUCUUUUGCAGAAGCCUUAGGUGCCCUGAAACGUCCUGCACACAUUAUAUUCUUAAAAACAUCUCUUCACAUAGAAUGCAAAGUCAGUCUGCCCUUACUUCCUGUUAUGCUCUGAGGUUAACCACUUUCUCUGAUACGGGUUCUUACCUUGACCCCAGGACUGGGGUUCUCCUUCUGACCCCACAGACCAGAGUUCUCAGCCUCAUCCCAUGUCCCAAGGUUCUCAGCCUGACCUCAUGGACUGAGGGUCUCACCCCAAAAAUGACGGGCCCUGGAAACCCCAAGACCCUCUCACUCUUCUUUUCCUGCUGCCAAGGUGUGUCUGGCCCGGGGUCACGGUCCUCAUUUCUGUAGAUGAGGACAGCUGGAAUGAAAGGUGAGAAAACAGGUUCAGAUGAAGGGAGAAUUGCUGUGUUUCUGAACGUACAGGGGUUUUAGGGCUCUGGUCCCACCCCUUUCGUUUCGGCAUGAAAACCAGAACUGGCAGAGUUCAAGCUUCAGCCCAGCACUCGGAGCGGCUCCUGGCCCUUGGCCUGAUGCUACAUCCAUGGGGCAGAACUGCCUUUUCCUUAGUCUUGUUUUGAGCUAAAUGUACUUACUUCCUAUUUGUCUUCAAACACACCGUUGUGACCAUGUAGCGCUCUGUAAAAAGGCAGGAAGGAAACACACAAACCAGCAAAACCUGUCAGGCCCCCUUUCCUACACUUGAGCUCCGUGUCUCGAGCCAGCAGCCCGAGUAGCCUCUGUUCCUGGAACCCCAACAGGUGCGUGUCUGAAAUGCGCAGCUGGAACCAGACUCAGCUCCUCCUGCCCCCAAGCCCGGUCUCCCCUGGGGCUUCCGGUCUCAGGAAGCACUGUCACUGUCAGUCCCUUCAGCUCUGUGACUUCCCUCUGCCUUGCUUCGGUGCUGCCUUGCCUGACGGUUGCUGAUUCCUGUGGGUUUGGCCCCUUUCCUCCGUGGCCAGCAUUGUCACCUCGGUCCAGGCCACCACCUAGGCUCAGCUGGCCUCAGGCCACAUACUCCUAAUUGGCCUCACAGAUCGGGUCAUGUCACCUUCCAACCUGUCCUCCACUUUACCUCCGGAGUAAUUUUUUUUUUUUUAAAGCAGACCUGAUUAGGAAACUCAGAGACCCAGAGAAGCUGGGUGAUCGCCCCAGGGGACUCUGUCCUCCUGUCCAUAAGCUGUGGGCUGUUUCAGAGGUCAGACCAGGGACCCCAGCUUCUGCUGGGCACCCCAGCACAGCUCCAAUUACCCCUAAAGGCUAGCAUCAUAUACUUUUAAAACACAGUGAAUGAAUUUUCAUGAGAGUUCUUUGAUCCUACUGAGUGUGGUUACUCUGUUGUUGGGCUGCCAGGGUUUGAAUUCUACCUUCCUCCCUCCCUCUAUAAGCAAAUUACCUUUCCCUCAGUUGUUUCAUCUGAAAAAUGGGACCAUAGUCAUUCCCACCUCACAGGGUUAUUGUGUGGUUUGAGACAAUGUGUGUAAAUUGCUUGAUAAUGUGAGUGCGUCCUGAUGAUUGGCGAGGUUUGGUCUGUGAAUUGUGGUGCUCACUGUAGUGGCAUGUUUAUAGUGAUCUGCAGGCAAAUCAAGAGAUCUUUGGGGUGAGUCUUUAAGACUUCAUUUCAGCUCCUGCUCCGUUAUCUUCUUGUAAUCUUCCCUGGCACUCUAGCAGAAGUUAUUACCUUCAUGGCCUUCAAAAUCUCAGAUCCCAGUGUUUCUAGACUCGGUUAAUUCAGUAAGUGUGACGAACUGAACAGGUUAAAAAAACAAAUGGAGCUGGAGGUGCCUUAGAGAUUUUCUGCACUUUAAAAAGCAGCCUCCUUUCUCCAGGUGAGAAAACCCAGGCUCAGGCUCAGGAAAAUGGAGUCACUUUGCCAAGUCCUUCCAUUAGCGGCUUCUCCAGGAUUGGAAACCAGCAUCAGAAAGCUCGUGUCAGCCAUUCAUUCUCUUAUUUAUUCAUUUACUGGGCAAAUAUGCUCAAUCCGUUUUAUAGGGCGUCAGGAAUGAGGGUCAAGCUGAGGUUCACGGCCAUUGAGUUCUGCAGACACACCUUGUCAAGAAGAGGAUGUGUUGACAACUGAAAGAAGUGUUUGUUCAGAGCCUUCUCUGUUGACAAACACCGUAGACCAUUUCCACACCUGAUGUGCCCUUGAGUCCUCAAAAUAGCUCCUCUCAUUAUAAUUAACCUCCUAGUUUUGAGUUGAGAAAUCUGACGUUCAGAGUGACUCACUGUCUGACCAGGGAGGCUCAGAUGUGGCAGAGACCACCCCCAACCCUGGACCUUCAAUGCCUUGCCCUUCACCAGGGUGUGGUUGGUGAGUCCUCCCAUGGCGCUUAGGGACUCCAAAGCCUCCUGGGUUCCCCACCGGAAGCUCAGGGCUGGCCCUGCCCAGCCGCCCACGGGGUCUGCCAUCUUGUCUUUCUCCCACUUGCCAUCACUUGUUUCCCAAGUGUUGACCGCAUCUCUAUCUGCUCCUUCCCUGUCCUCUUUGACCCUCUGAGACUUGACCCUUUGUCAUCUGUGAAGUCCCCCAGAACCUCCUGUUUAGCUGGGUCCUCCAACUUGUCCUGACCAGCCCCAUCUUGAAUUCAUUCAAGUUCUCCAUCUGACAGCUCCAACAAGUUCCUGGCUUCAGAAUGCCAACUGAAAUAAAAUGUACAACCUGGAAAUUGAGAGUUAUGUUUUAUUUGGCCGACAUUUCUCAGGACUUAAGACUUAAGCCCAGGAUGACAGCCUCUCAGAUUGCUUUGAGGGACUGUUCCGAAAGAGGUAGGGGAGGAGCCAGGAUAUAUAGGCAUUUUUAUAACAAAGACCAGGCAGUCAGAACAUCAAAAGAUUCCUGUUAAUUAAACCAGACAUCUCAAGUUAAAUAGUUUAGCGCUUUUCUAUGUAUGAGAAGGUGCAAAGUUCUGAGCUCAUUGAAAUCACCCCUUUGAUGUGCACCUUAGCUGCCCAGGGCCAGUGUCCUGUUCGUCCACACCCUGCGUCCCCUCAGGGGGCACUGCUGGGGGUGGCAGCAGAGGCGGGGCUGCCUGCUUGUCUGCAUCCUGAGUUCCUUCUGCUCACUGCUGAGGGGGGAUGGUAGUGGCUGAUGACUUGAUGGCCGCGGCAUCUUUUGUUUACUGAUACGUCUGGCAACAUUUUCUGUUCACAGGAACAUGAGCCCCUCCCGUCCAGUCCAGCCCACUUUCCACCUCUCUCUACCUAAAGCCCUUGCAAGACAAGCCAUUUCUCGAAAGACUGUGGGUUUAACACUCCAGGCAUUGGCUUCUAUCAGUGUGUGUGUGUGUGUGUGUGUGUGUGUGUGUGUGUGUGUGUGUGUGUGUGUGAAGGUGUGAUCCACGGCUCUACACAGAGGCACCACACUCGGGGAGAGCCGGUUUCUCUAUGUUACCUGCCCUCCCCCGGAGUCCAGGAAGGGCAGUGAGGAGAUCAAGGUGACUUUGCUCACGUGGGUUGUGAAGAGCAGGUGCCCUGGGGCUCUCAGCCUUCGGGGCAGCAGGGUGGAGCCUGAGAGGUCUCACCUGCCGCCUGUUACACAGCAAGCAUGGGCCGUGCACUGUGCCUGGUGAGGCGGGAACACGGGUUGCGGGAAUGGACCGCCGUCGCCUUGUUCCGAGAUGUUCCUGAACUCCAACUUUCAGGCAGGAAGUUUAGAAAGAGUGAAAUAAAGUGAAAGAGAUCGGACAGCUUACUGGAUAUGGAUGUACUUCUCAGAAACCAGGCCAUGCUCACGCUGCUGUUGAGAGCGGUCUGCACCGCGCCCGCGUCGCGCCCCGGCUGACCGGGGAAAGGCCAGCGUGGUGGCGCCCGGCCGCUCUCCCCGUGGACAGCGGGUGGCUCUGUAACAGGGCCAAUAAUUAACAAGCCUGCUUGACUGUAACGGCUGCCGUGCGCCUCGUUUUCAACAUGGAUGAGAUGUUUACCUUUUCUGUGUGCGUCCCAUUUGAAAGUAUUUGUUUUCUCAUUAUUUUUUUAAGAAGAAUUUUAGCAUUUGUCUUAUCAGGACUGACAUUUCAGCAAUUUCCUGAUUGCUAACUUCUCCGGGGCGUCUCCGCCCUCCGCCCAGGCGCCUGGCGUGUGUCUGGCGGGGAGCGGGUGCUUGGUGAUCAGCUGCCAGGUUAGGUAUUCGGGCCUAGUGCUGGGCUGUCUGACUAAGCAGAGGAUUAAGUGAACUGCGGGUCCCUUCAAACAUUAGUUCCUGAAGUCUCUCUUAUCGAUUAUUAUUACCACUUAUUUUUAUUUCUGUUGAUUCUACCUGAUCCAAAAAUCUCUAUGUGAACUUGAGCUGAGGUGUCUUGGAAACAAACUCUCAAUUCUGUGUCUGGGGAUAGGAAACGUGCUCACAUUUCUCUGUUUUGAAUUUGAUGGAAGGAUUUGUAGCUUGUGGGAACUUAGGGGUUCCUCCAUCUUCCUGGUUUGAAAGUAUGACCAUCAGGAAAAGAGGCUUUGUUCCCAGAUUUGCCCUGAAACUGAGCCAUGAAGCUGCCUGCCCUCUCCCCCUCCCUCCCCCUCCCCCCUCCCCCAACCACCCUUUUGGGGCAAAGAGCCAUGAAGGCUGGGCGGGCACAGGGGAUGGGGGAGAAGCCUUGUGUCUUCGUGCCUGCCAAUUGGAAAAGGGACAGACAAAAAAUUUUUUUUUAAUUAAUUAAAAAAAAUGAAUUCCUUUCUUACCAGGCACAGUCAACCUUAAAUACAAGCAGAAACAAGAGCCAAAGGUAGUGCUUGCUGCACCAGUGCUCUGCUUCGUCUGUCCACUCUGCUACCUCCACCCUCUGGUUUAAGAAGCCCGUGCCCACGCGGGCAGGUCCAGGUGGCCAGGGUGACGGCCCCCCAGCCUGGCCGUGGGCUCGUGCCUCGCAUGCUAGCGGGAAGUCAGCGCAAGGUCUUCAAGGGCCCAGUGCUUUAGUUCCCAGACAAAGAGACAAACCAAAGAAGUAGUGAUACUCUUAGUUAAUUUGGGACUAUAUCAGAUGGGGAGAAUUGAUUUAUUUUCCACCUGGUCAAAUGAGACAACAAGACAAAUCUGGCUGUCUGGAUUUCCAUCUUCAUGACUGGAAACUACUUAAUGCCAACCGAGGACACUCUGUUUUCCUAAAAGAAAAGAAAUAAACUACAGAAUGACAUUUGAAAACAUUGUGUCCUUGUGUUUUAGGGGAAUUUACUAGAUUCUAAUGUCAUAUUUUGGGAGUAGGCAUAUGUUUUUAUUUAUAAUUUAUUAAUAAUGGUAUUUAUCUUUAAUCAAAAUUAAAUUAUUACCGUAGCAUAAUGCACUUAAUUACGUUUAAUUCUAAGUUGUAGAUAGAGCUGGUAAACGGGCUCUUCUUGAAAAGUCGGCAAUGUAAGGUGGUAAACUGGACAAUCUUUUUUUUUUUUUUAUCCCACAUUGAUGUUUUCUGUAUUUAUUUUGAGUUUGGGAAAAUAUUUUUUAAAUUUGACUUUGAUUGUAUAUGCUUAGAAAAAUAUGCUGACAUGCUUAUCUUUGUAAGAGAUGGAGAGCUCCUGUUUCCUUUGAGUUUCAGAAGCACAGAAAUGCUGACCCUGGCAGGGUGUUUGGUGGGGAGAGCCCGGGUGAGUGGGGCCGGUGAGGCCUCCCGUCAGGCACCAAGCUCAGGUGUUAGGAGGCAGGUGCCCUGUGGAAUUGUCUUUCUCUCAGGUAUAUUUAUAUUUUUCAAAAGCUCUCAUUUAAGUUUAAGAAAUCAAGCCCCAUGAAUUGAUGUAAUUGUACCUUUAGAAUCUUUGUGGUAACUCAUCUCAAAGGCUUGGAUUCGUGAUCUUUCAAAGUGUCAUUUCAAUGGAAAUAAAGUGAUUGAAAUGGA